AUGGAUGAAAUGUUCCAAUACAUAGCGGACGAAACGUAUGACUAUGCUGAAAACCAUCCGCAGCAUGUCAGACCCGGACAUGGCAGUGAUUGGUUUCCAACCACAGGGGACGAAAUCAAAGUUCUGCUUGGCCUGCUGAUACUGAUGGGCAUCAUGAAGAAACCGAUCCUGGCGUCAUAUUGUAAUCAGGAUCCAGCUAUGUCGACACCUUUCUUUCUGAAAACGAUGCCACAUGAUCGAUUUGUGACGCUUCUUCGGAAUCUAUAUUUCAACUCGGGCGCGAACCAGGAUGACAGGCUGCACAAAAUAAGUCCUAUCAUUGACGAAGCGGCUGAGAAUUUCAGUGCCCACUUUGGAGCCAAGGUUUAUAAAGUAUUCCAGUCAACUGGCAGAGCCAGAAAAAUCUACGUUGGUCAGGACAGAUUGGAUCUUCCAUUGUCUACUUUAGCAUCAACUGAUGUCGUGUUGUCACUGAAUGAAAACCUGUUUAACAUAGGCUACAAUAUUUAUAUGGACAACUGGUUUUUCCAGUCCAGACUUCUUCCUGAAGCUGCAAACGAGGACUAA